AUGUCUUUGUAAGAUAAACAAACUUUCAAAUAAAUAUUAGCCGAAUAUAUGGGAAAAUAAUAUUAUACAUCAUUUAUUUUAUAGUCUGAUAUUGGGAGAAAUGUUUUUGUUAAGAAUGGUGAAAUUAUAAGAAUGUAAUACAUAGAUAAUAUUAUAUAGAGAACAUUAUAAUUUACCUUAUUAUCUAAAGCCAUAUUAGAAACAUUUACAACAAAUAUAACAUUUAAAAUGGAGAAAGAAUGAAUCAGAAAAUUUAGAAAAUGAGGUUUUUUGGAGUGUAAUUUGGAAUGGCUAUAAAUUAUAUGCUGGCGGGGCUUCGAAUAUCAAUGGAGCAAAAGUUGGAAAAUGGAUUGAGUUAUUUGAACAUUUUUUGGAGUAAGAUGUAUUUGAUUUAGAAAAUCAUAAAUAUUUUAUAUAGGAAAUUAUCAGGAUGGAAUAAAAACAGGAAAGUGGAUUUCUUAAUUUUAAGAUACUUCAAUGUACAAUUUGAUUUAUUAUUUCAUUAAGAGGAGGUGGAUUCUAUAAAGAAAAUGGUUAGAAAGAUGGAAGAUGGACUGAAAUAGAAAAUUAUUUUAGAGAGUACAUAUAAAUAUUCAUCAGUUGUUAUCUAAUAACUUAUGGUGGAGUAUAUGAUAAUGGAACUAAAGUAGGAAUUUGGAGUUUGAAUUGCAACCAUAAUCAUAUGUUUAAAUUUUUUCAUAAGACUUAGUGGUGGUGGAUAAUACGAUAUAAAUGGAUUAAAAACUGGGAAAUGGAGAGAAUUAUAUGAAUAUUUAUUGGAGUAAUAUUUAUUUCAUACUUUGAGGAAUCACGAAAUUUUUAUCGAAGGAGAGUAUUAGAAUGGGAUUAGAGGAGGAUUUUUCAAAAUUAUCUUAAAUAAUGAUAUUAUGUAACCUUAGAUAUAAUAAAAAGCGGAGGAGGUGAAUAUAAUUAAAAUGGAUUGAAAAUAGGCUAUUGGAUUGAAUUGGCUCAAUGUUUUAAUAUGUAGUAAUUACUAAUUUUAAUCUAUUUGUGAUGCUAAAGUAUACUAGAGAGGAUUGUAUAAGGAAAGCAUAAAAAAUGGAAUUUGGAAG